AGCUCUCAGAUCUCCGGACACGUCGCCCACUGGGGUACUCACCACUUUGUUCCUACUGCCACCGGAUUAGCUCACAACGCUGCAGAGGUUGCAAAGAACGCGGAAUGGCACUAUGAACAGGCAUCCCCAGCCGAACGAAAGGUGAUACGAGGGCUAGUCCCUGUCGGCUUGACUUUGGUGGCCGAAGGCUUUGGUAUACCACUUCCCAAGUUGCUCAUCGGUCCCGUCCUCGGUGCUGCUGGCUUUGGCACCGGUAAAGCUGCGGAUGGUCGGGGUGCCGAAUCAGGCGCUGCUCAGGCAUCCCGGCUCCCUCGAAGUUCGAGAUCGGGACGUGCAGUUGUGAAUCCUUUGGGACCUGGCACCAGGGAAACCAGGAAAGAAACAGGAAACGGCGCGAUUGGUGCUUUGACGACAAUUGCAACGAGUGCAAUUGUUAUUGAAAGUAUCGUUGGGCUCAUGGCGUGGUUGUUGUGA